CAAAAUCUGCGACUCUCACUUCUUGACAUGUGGGAUUUGUUGACUAGUGAAAAUUUGUUGCAUGUAUAACGAAUAAAGUAUUAUCUGCGUUGCGCAUAACGCGUUUAUUUCUAAGUCGACUCAGUAAAAUGGAAAACACCAACCUUCACUUCAAAACAAACUAUGCCGCUUCCAAUAAAAUUGAACCGUUUUAUAAAGGCGGAAAGGUUCAGAUUAGCAAAGAUGAGAAGUUCAUCUUUUGCACUUGUGGAUCCCGUGUCAAUAUUUUGGAAAUAAGCACGGGGAAGAUUGUGCACAGCAUCGAGCAGGAUGAUCAAGAGGACAUCACCUCCUUUGCGCUGAGCUAUGAUGAUGAGAUCCUGGUGACAGCUAGCAGGGCUCUGUUGCUGAAGCAGUGGGACUGGAAGCAGGCCCAGUGCACCCGCUCCUGGAGGGCCAUUCACACCAUACCUAUAGCCAGCAUGACCUUUGACCCCACGUCCACGCUUCUUGCCACAGGUGGUUGUGAUGGGACCAUUAAGCUGUGGGACAUAAUAAAGCAGUACUGCACUCACAACCUCAAGGGAUCAUCCGGUGUUGUUCACCUGGUUCACUUCCACCCAGACAUGAGCCUUCUGCAGCUGUUCUCCUCCUCUGCGGACUGUGGCAUCCGGCUGUGGGAUCUGCGCUCCAGCCUGUGCCUCUGUGUGCUCCAGAGCCACUUCAGCGCCGUCACCUCGCUAGCCUUCACCGCCAGCGGGGACAGCAUGGUCAGCUCUGGCAGGGACAAGAUCUGUACAGUGUGGGAUCUGAAGACGCGGACAGCCACAAGAACCGUGCCGGUCUAUGAGGCGGUGGAGGGUGUGGCAUUGCUCCCAGAGGACCAGGACUUGUCUCAGAUUGGUGUUCAGAACCACGACCUGCACUUCAUCACUGCGGGCAGCAAAGGUGUGUUAAGAGUCUGGGAGGCCAGCACAUCCCGCUGCGUCUACACCCAGACGCUGCCCUCGGCCACACCCCCUGCCGGAAAGGAGGGCGGCGAGACCCAUGAUGGCGACGACCCCCGCAGCCUGACCUACUUGCUGACCAUGGGCGCCUCCCACCGGGUGGCGGCCGUCACGGCGGAGCACAACAUCACGCUGUACCAGCUACCCGCACUCAGCACGCAACAACAGUUUGUGGGCUACAAUGAUGAAAUUCUGGACGUGAAGUUCCUGGGGAAGAACGACAGCCACAUCGUGGUGGCCACCAACAGCUGUCAGCUCAAGGUGUUUGAGCUCCUGACUAACAGCUGCCAGAUCCUGUAUGGACACACAGACACUGUGCUCUCUUUGGAUGUCUUCAAAAAGGGCUUGCUCUUUGCUAGUUGUGCCAAGGACAAAUCUGUGCGUGUGUGGAGAAUGGAUGAAGACAGUGGCCAGGUGGUGUGUGUGGCUCAGGGGUCCAGCCAUGCUAACUCUGUGGGCUGCAUCACCUUUUCACGGAUGAAGGAGUCGUUCCUAGUGUCUGGCAGUCAGGACUGCACAGUGAAGGUGUGGGACCUUCCUGACAACAUCACGACGACAACGGGGGACCUGGUCGGACUGAGCGCACGUGUUACGGAAAAGGCUCACGACAAGGACAUCAACAGCGUGGCGGUGUCUCCCAACGACAAGUUGCUGGCGUCGGGGUCCCAGGACCGGAUGGCCAAACUCUGGUCCCUGGGGGCCCCGGGGGCCCCUGGGGCCCCGGGUGCAGGCCCGGCCCUGCUCGGGGUGUUCCGGGGCCACAAGCGCGGGGUCUGGGCGGUGUGCUUCUCCCCCGUCGACCAGGUGCUGGCCAGCUCCUCGGCCGACGGCACGGCCAAGCUCUGGAGCCUGCAGGACUACAGCUGCCUCAAGACAUUCGAGGGACACGAUGCGUCCGUUCUGAAGAUCGUCUUCGUCAGCCGAGGAACACAGCUACUUACCAGUGGUUCAGACGGCCUGGUGAAGCUGUGGACCAUCAAGACCAACGAAUGUGUGAAAACACUGGACGCCCACCAGGACAAGGUGUGGGGUCUUCAUGCCAGCCGCCAGGACCACAAGAUGGUAACGGGGUCGGCCGAUUCCACCAUCACCAUCUGGGAUGAUGUGACUGAGGUGGAGCAGGCGGAGGAGCAGGCCAAGCAGGAAGACCAGAUACUCAAGCAGCAGGAGCUGUCUAACCUUCUCCAUGAGAAGAAGUACCUGAAGGCCCUGGGUCUGGCCAUCUCUCUGGACCAGCCACACACCGUGCUCACCGUCAUCAGAGCCAUCCGUCAGAGCGAGGACAGCCGUGACCUUUUAGAGAGGACGUUGCUGAAGCUCCGAUUGGACCAGAAAGAGUCCCUGCUGCGCUACUGCGCCGUGUGGAACACCAACGCCCGCAGCUGUCUGGACGCCCAGGCCGUCCUGCAGGUGCUGCUGACGCAUCUGGCCCCCGAGGAGCUGCUGCAGUACCAGGGGGCCCGGGGCCAUCUGGAGGGCCUCAUACCUUACACAGAGCGACACAUGCAGAGGAUCGGCCGCCUGCUCCAGUCAUCCAUGUUCAUUGACUACAUGUGGCAGAAGAUGCGAGUGACUGGGUCCUCAUCCAUCAUGGGACCAGAUGAGGAGAUGGACACCUCUGCUGUCAAAGACUCCACGCCUCCGUUUGUGAUUGACAAGGAGACUCACGGGGGUUCUGAACAUAACCUCAAGGAAGAUGAUGAUGAUGAGGAGGAAGAUGAUGACGAUGACCUCGAAGACGAAGAGCUAGCCGAUGAGGAGAGCGUCACGAAGAAGGCCCCUGCCAACGGGAGGCAGGUUACAAACGGAACUAGCAACGGAGGCCAUCACGCCGGGAGUGAGGAGAGCUCAGACGAUGAAGGCGAAGAGAAAGAUGACAAGGAAGCAGAAGAGGAGGAAGAACAAAACUUGAGCACCAAAACAACCAAGGGGGUUACACUCCACCCACGUGUUCAGAUCCUGACCAGCUGACCUGGGAUUCCCCCCGUGAGUCCUUAGCGACUGCCGGUCCAUAGUGACCUUGAGUAGCUGCCGCAGAGGUGAAAGGGAGCCCUGUUUGGACACCAAGCACGGACCUUAUGUUGUUAAACAUGACUGACCUGGUUAAACUUCCUGUGUUUUAAUGUGCACCGGCAUGGCAUUCUUGCCAUGGAAGCAUUGUCGAUAAGAAUGGAUUUCUGUUCCUUUACCCAAGUUGUGUAUCCCUGCUUAUCAUUGUGCUUUUCUGAGGCACACACUGAUCUAAUUGUUAGCUAAAAGAAGGAAGGAAUGCCUGGAUGGGUACAUUUGUAAGAGCAAAAUAAUAAAGGGGUAUUUGUAUCUCUCGAACGCCUUAUGCCUUAUCAGCUAAUCUGUUUUCUGAAGGGAAAAGUAAGAAAGUUCCUUAUAACCGUGGAUUUGGUGUAUCAGGAUGAAAAAUGGAUUUUAAAAUAAAGAAAAUUAACUAACAUGUAGUAACAUGUAA